AUGCCGGAACAUAUCUCCAUACUAUCUAUUUUUGGCCUUUUAGGUGAGCCUGAAUUUAAAUACAUUGGGAAUAUGCAUGGCAAUGAGGCUGUCGGACGAGAACUCCUCGUUUUCUUGGCCCAGUACCUGUGCAAUGAAUACCAGAAGGGGAACGAGACGAUUGUCAACCUGAUCCACAGUACCCGAAUUCACAUCAUGCCUUCCCUGAACCCCGAUGGCUUUGAGAAGGCAGCGUCUCAGCCUGGUGAGCUCAAGGACUGGUUUGUGGGUCGAAGCAAUGCCCAGGGAAUAGAUCUGAACCGCAACUUUCCAGACCUGGAUAGGAUAGUUUAUAUUAAUGAGAAAGAAGGUGGUCCAAAUAAUCAUCUGUUGAAAAAUCUGAAGAAGAUUGUGGAUCAAAACACAAAGCUUGCUCCUGAAACCAAGGCUGUCAUUCACUGGAUUAUGGAUAUUCCUUUUGUUCUCUCUGCCAAUCUCCACGGAGGAGACCUUGUGGCCAAUUACCCAUACGACGAGACUCGGAGUGGUAGUGCUCAUGAAUACAGCUCCUGCCCAGAUGAUGCCAUUUUCCAAAGCUUGGCUCGAGCAUACUCUUCUUUCAACCCGGCCAUGUCUGACCCCAAUCGGCCACCAUGUCGCAAGAACGAUGAUGACAGCAGCUUUGUAGAUGGGACGACCAAUGGUGGUGCUUGGUACAGUGUACCUGGCGGGAUGCAGGACUUCAAUUACCUCAGCAGCAACUGUUUUGAGAUCACCGUGGAGCUUAGCUGUGAAAAGUUCCCACCUGAAGAGACUCUGAAGCGCUACUGGGAGGAUAACAAAAACUCCCUGAUUAGCUACCUCGAGCAGAUACACCGAGGAGUGAAAGGAUUCGUCCGAGACCUUCAAGGUAACCCAAUUGCCAAUGCAACCAUCUCCGUGGAAGGAAUAGACCAUGACGUUACAUCUGCAAAGGAUGGUGAUUACUGGAGAUUGCUUGUACCCGGAAACUAUAAACUCACAGCCUCAGCUCCAGGCUAUCUGGCGAUAACAAAGAAAGUGGCAGUACCUUACAGUCCUGCUGUUGGGCUUGAUUUUGAACUGGAGUCAUUUUCUGAAAGGAAAGAAGAGGAGAAGGAAGAAUUGAUGGAGUGGUGGAAAAUGAUGUCAGAAAUUUUAAAUUUUUAAAAAGGCUUCUAAUCAGUUGCUUUUAAUCUAUCUAUAUAAUGUAGUCCGAUGUAAUGUGGCCACUUUAUUUUAGAUUUUGUGGAGUUAAUAUUUAAUAUUGACUUAUUUUUUAAUCAUUCAGAUAUUAAUCAAUAUUACUUAAAUAAUUAGACUCUUAGGUAAAAGUAUAAGAAGUUGAUCUA